UGAAUGGAGGACGUUCGAACGCAACCUCCACCUCAUUCGCAUCGUAGUACUUGAGGCGGUCGCCAUUUUGGUACACCCUAUCCCCAUUAGAUGGAGCUCCCCAUUAUUUUCGGUUUCUAACCACCUGUAAUACCUUUAGGUGAGAUAAAAGAAGGCCUGUGGACGUGACAGGAUCAACGCUGCUUGUUGCGGGUCUGUAAUUGGGAUCUGGAAGAAUGUGAAGUGCCUCCUGAUACCAUUGCCCAAAAUCUGUUGGGAUAGUCCUUCCACCUCCUGAGUGCAGAUGACUGGACAAUGUGGAGUGCCAACAAAUUUGACUUCUCUUGGAAUGACCCAUUGUAACAUAAUCUGAAAGGAAAAAGGGAUGUACAGAAUAGAACUUCAACAAAAGCCAUAGGUACAUUUUUGUUUGUAUGGCAUUUUACAAUGCCUGCAUGUGCUGCAAUCAACUGCACGAGUCGGCAAACCAGAGGAUGUGGAAAGUCAUUCCAUAGAUUCCCUCACGGCCGGCCAGAAGUUUUGAAGAAAUGGGUGAUGAACAUGCGUCGAGACAAAUUUAAGCCAUCCUCUAAGGCAGUGCUGUGCUCAGAUCACUUUGAAGAAUUCUGCUUUGACAGGACCGGCCAAACCAUUCGCCUCAGGACUGAUGCUGUACCAACAGUAUUUACUUUCCCUGGAAAGAUGAAAAAGGACAGGAAGUCACGCAAUUCUGCUAUUGUGUUUGACUAUCCAGAGGAACAGCCUCCAUUUUCACUCCCAUUUCAAGAGCCAGCCAUGCAACAACCCAAUGAGAAAUGUGUAACUGCAGAGCAUGACUAUUGUAUCACAGACAGUCCAAGAACUUUAAAGAAAAGACUUGAUGAAGCUCUCGGCAGUCUACAAAGCAUGAAAAGAAGGCUGAAGAUUACACAGCAAAAGUUCAGAAGGCUUAAAUUCAAGGUCCAAGCUCUAGAACUGGCUGAGGAUCCAGUAUAGGAAACACCUGGCUGCCUUUUUUUAUAUAAUUAAAACAUUUAUGGGGAGAUGUAUUAAGGACUUAGUUUUUACUGCUCCAAAAAAGUAUUGUCUGAGAUAUACAAAUGUAUUUUUUCCUGUACAACCACACUAUUGUGUAAAAUGGUUUGUUGUCCACAAAUUAACACAAUGCCCCCUUUUUUUUUUUUUUUCCACAAGCAGCCUAUAGAAAAUAACUAAAUUGACUGCCCAAACAGUUCAGUUAGUUCUAAUGAAUUGCUAUAGCUAAACAAAGUCUGUCAGAAAAGUGUUAAUGCUUCAAGAUUCCCCAGUUCAAAUGAAUUGCUAUAGCUAAACAAAGUCUGUCAGAAAAGUGUUAAUGCUUCAAGAUUCCCCAGUUCAAAUUUUAAUAAAUAUAUAUACUUAAGCACAUUUAUGGGUAAAUCUGUUUUGAGCAUAUGUACAUAGGUUACCGUUAAACGGACAGUAUGCACUUUUUAGCAUUAGCUGAAUAAAUAGGGUUUUGCUGAACAUACCUUUUGCUUAUUAUUUAGUUUUUAGGGUUACUGUUAUUUCUGUCACUAAACAAGAAUAUGAACCAGUUUUUUAUUACUUUCUGUCCCUUCUAGUCCAAAAGAACUUCAAAUCAGCUAAUAAAAACAAUUACCAAUCCGUAGAGAAGCUCCUGAUGAUGAGCAAAGGCUGCAGCUUAGAUUAGGGAGGGGUUUGUUUGUUUAAAGGUAGAUAAGAAGCUCUGAACUAAUUGCCUCGUUUAUAAAGGAAAGGUGAGGUGAACAUAGCACAACUUUCAAAUUAGUCCUUCAAGUUGUCAAUUUAUAGUAUUUUUAAAUUUAAACAAAAGGCAGAAUGUAAUUUCAUCUUAAGUCCUGUGUAAAAAGUUUGUUCACCUUCCAAAACUUUUUUUCAGAUUGUUCACCAGAAAUAAAUACUUUUUUCAAUUACUUUCCAUCUUUUAUUUUUUACUGUUUUUCCAAAAUCGAAGUUAAAAAUUAAUUGUUCCUGUCUCUGGUGUUUCAGUCUGGCAGUUCAGUAAUCCAGGUACACAUUCUGAACUUUUACAAUUUGAUAUAUUAGUUGAAACUAAUUGUAUUAGUCUAAGGUUUCAUAAAGGCAGCUGUUACAAUUGAUACAAUAAUUACUAAUGUUCCCCAGAUACUUCUGAGCGAUGUUUCAACUAAUAUAUUAGAUAAUUAGAUUACCUUUUCACAGACAAUACCUCUACUUAAUAGAAACCUGCUCACAAAACAGCCAUAAGGUGAAGGAUGAGCGGUUGUAACUAGUAAUUGUUUACCGUUCAUGGAGUAGCUUCUUUUUCCCUGUUUGUCCUGUGUAGCUCGUAAGUAAUCAGGAAAGGAUUGCACACUCAAUUUACAAAAAACAAUGUAUUACAUAAGAAAAAAAAGGGGGGUUGACAAAAAUUACAAAAUAAUGGGUGAGCCCAACUUGUUUCGACCAUAGUGGCCUUCCUCAGGGGCUCUAAGGGUUGUGACACACGGACAGAUUCCCCGAACUGCCGUUGUGUGUCUUCCCGUCCGCUAUAAUGAAAAGUUGCUGUGUGUCUCAACCCUAAUAAUAAAAAAUUAUUAGCUCAAGAAAUAUCCUUUUCCUGUGUAGCUCAAGAAAUAUCAAAACCCAUAGAUUUUUUUUGUGAUUAAAAUAAUAGGCAAAAAUAUGUUCAGCACAAGCUGAUUUAUUGCACUCAUGUUGUAUAAGGGGGCAUACUGGCACUUUAAAUGGAAUAUAACUAGUCCUUUUAUUAUUGUUCAAGGACCAGUAAUUUCUUAAAAAAAUAACCACCACAUGCAUUUCACCAAGUUUUCCUGUACACAUUUCAGCAUCUUUAUUUGAAGGAUGCAUUUGAGUAUGCAAAAAAAUAUACACAGCGGGAGAAUUGAGUUCUGGUGUAUUUUAUAGAAAAUCGUUUCUUACUUUUUGAUAAUAUGUCAUCAAAUCUGCAUAUCUAAAAACUGAAUUUUUCUUUUUUUUUUUGCAUAAGGCAAACACACCAAGAAGAUCACAAAGAAUAUAUUAUUCUAGUUACUCAUUUUAAAGCUAGUCCGUUGCAGAAAACUUGUUGCAUUUCACAUGUGCUCUGUGUGUGUUUGUGUGGCUUUUUUGUUUUGUAUUUUUAACCAUAAUUCUGAACCAGCUGGAAACUAAUAUUUUCACUGCAACAAGUAGAAAAAGGAUUUCACAAUUUUAGUACAACUCCAUUAAGGUCAGUUGGGGAGAAUUAUUAACAGUAAAUCCUCUAUUGACAAAUAUACUCCAAAUGCUUUACUAGUUGUAAAUGAUAAAUGUACUCUAAACUACCUAUAGUUGUGAGUGAGCAAUGAGAGGAUGGGAUGAUUGACAAACAAAUUUUACCUGCCUGCCAUGUUUGCUGUAAUUCCCAGUAAAUAUAAUGGGAAGCCUUAGCAUGCCAUCACCCUUUUAAGACCUGAGUAUGAAUAAGCUGCACGUUUGCUUUUGAAUUUCCCAUAGGGGUAGUAAAAUUAAUUUAGUUCUUGUUUGUAAGAGGCUUUAAGUUCUCAUAGUGACGGUCUGGCAUUUUAGUCAGCAGUUAUGGCAGCCAGUUCCUCUUGUGUAGCACGUUAUCAAAUGUAUAUUUAUCAUACAAAGAUUUCUUGAUCUCACUGAUCAGUGACUGGCCAUGUUAGUGUGAUUUUACUCCUAAUGAAAUGUCUCUGCCACAGUGUUGCAAAACAACUUUAAAAAAUAAAGCCAAAGAGCAUUCUCUUCAUUGUGUAA